AUGCCUCUUAUGUCGCGUCGCCGCAGUACUCUGGACAACCUCUUGAGCGACAUCCGUAGUAAUACUCAGGAAGAUGCUGCUCCUCCAAAUUCUGGCUACGCAACCCCUGUGCCUAACACGCACCGUCCCAUGAGUGCUCAAGAUCCCAUUUCUCCCAUGGACGCUCUCAGUCUUGGUCCGCCGUCUCCGCCCAUUCAGACUGCUACUCCGGCUACUGCUCGCUUUAGCAUGCUACGAUGGAGGCACUUUUCCGACGGUCAGCUAUCAGCCAAAGCAAAGCUGCAUGCUGAGGCGGAUAAGACUCCUCCGGUGCCUCAAGUCCCGCUUGAACAUCAAUCGCAAAGUACGAAAUCAAAGAGCCCCUUCAAACGCCAGAUCUCAAAGCUUAGCCCAUCGAAACAACGUCGGGAGUCUACCGAAGAUCGCCGUCCAUGGCGCAGAGGCCGCUCUGUAGAGCUCGAUCGUCUCGUUCCUGACGCUGUUGCUCCUCCACCUUAUGGCGACGAAUCCAGCUCGGCCCUAGCACUGCCUGUCACUCGUUUGUCCGAUUCGUCGGGUGAGCAGCGAAGUUCUGGAGAACACGUCACUUAUGCUACCACUACCACUACUCAUACCAUCUCUACUACCACGACGCUUUUCAGACUGCCCCGCCGUAACAAGAAGAAUAAAUCGCUAUUUCCCUUACCUGAUAAACAGUCAUCUCCACCCAACCCACCUCNNCAGAAUCAGAAACCCCUCAUGGCACACCUCGACCCUCGACCANGCGCUAUCUCGACAAACUCUAAUACUGAGUCGCCAGAAAGACAGAGACGACCUCCUCCUCUUAGUGCCUUACAGCGACGCCAUACUGAGGCCUCGCGCCCACGCUUGUUCCUUUCGUCUUCUCCAGCGCCUGCUCAACUUGCAAAGUCAUCUAUCGCUGCUCUUGCCACUCACGGGGGCGCUCCAUUAUUCAGGAAUGAUUCGAGCAUCUCUGCUCAUUCGAAUGGCUCUUCACCAGUACUGCAUCCACCACGUCGAUUCGGGUUACGAGAUAGGUCUUCGACCGUGAGUUCGUUCGGACGCCGUUCUGAGGACCAUACUCCUCCUACGCCGCCUGUACCGUCUAGCGCUCGCAACUCGACCUCAACUUCGGGACGGACUAGCUUGGGCGGUCUUCUUGGAUUCAACCGAUUCCGACACAAUUCCGACCUUCGGGAUCGCAAUUCCUCGCCUGGAUUCCAUUCGAAGUCUAAUUCGUUAUCUCCUAGCGUGCAUGAGCCUUUAGUGAUACCUGAUCGCGAAGACGGCGAUACCCCAGGCAAAUAUCUAGAACGACUGCAAGCUGCCGUUUCACGAAGUCUUAUCGCUGGUAUACUAUCGAAAUCAUCUGACCCAUUCGCUCAGGCUGUUUUGCGAAGUUAUUGUCGCAAGUUCUCUUUCUUCGGAGAGCCGAUUGAUAUGUCGCUACGCAAAUUCCUCUUGGAAGCAGAGUUGCCAAAGGAAACACAGCAAGUGGAUCGAGUUAUACAAGCUUUUGCCGAUCGAUACCACGAGUGCAACCCUGGUAUCUUCAUGUCCCCUGAUCAAGCUUAUAUUAUCGCUUUCUCGUUGAUGAUGCUGCAUACUGAUGCUUUCAACAAGAACAACAAGCGGAAGAUGCAGAAACACGACUACAUCAAGAACACUAGUGGUCAGAACGUAUCAGACGAUGUUCUGGGUUGCUUCUACGACAAUAUUUGUUACACUCCUUUCAUUCAUUUCGAGGAGGAAGUUGACAUCAAUGGAGAGCGCCUGCUGACAUUCAAGCCAAAGAAGAGCAAGCUUCGUGGAAGCAUACCCGACCCUGGAAGGAAAAACAGUGGACCAAUCGACCCCUACGCUUUGAUUUGUGACGGCAAACUGGAUUCUCUGCGCCCUUCAAUCAAGGAUUCGAUAACCAUGGAAGAUCCUUACAGUUACCUGGGCACAGCAAACUUCUUUGACAUGAAGAAAUUGCAAAAAGCUUUUGUGAAUACUGCAGUCCUCCAGAUCAUCUCUGCUCGGUCUCGACCCGCUGCUUUUGAGUCACAAGCUACUCGCGACAACCCUAGUGAGUCAGCCAUAGGAUUGGUAGAUCUCAAGGUCACUAAAGUCGGCGUCUUGUGGCGAAAGUCGACAAAGCGCAAGAAGACACGAUCUCCAUGGCAAGAGUGGGGUGCUAUUUUAACUGGAUCUCAACUUUACCUCUUUAAAAAUGUUACCUGGGUGAAGGGAUUGAUGUCACAGCAUCACUCACAUGUCAAGCAAGAAGGUACUAACGCGCCUGUAAUCUUCAAGCCUCCAAUUCAAGAUUUCAAGCCGGAUGCUCUUAUCAAAACCGAUGAUGCUGUUGCUUUGCUCGAUCGCAGCUAUUUGAAGCACAAGGACGCUUUCACUUUGGUCCGUCAUGGCGGUCAAGAGGAGGUCUUGCUCGCCGAAAACGAAUCCGAGGUCAAUGAUUGGAUAGCUCUGAUCAACUACGCCGCAGCCUUCAGAUCUGCUGGUGUCAGAAUUCGUGGUUUCAUUGGCGGAACGGACACCGAUGUCACAAUCAACAGUCGUGGCAGACUCAAUUCUACAGCAUCUGUCGAUUCCUCAAUCAAUGCAUCUAUUGGCUCUGCCUUGGGUUCGACAAUAACACAUGACGGGCAGGUUACUAUGGAGAAGAGGGAUCUUACUCCUCAGCUUGUUAGGCAGGUAUUGGCUGCCCGACGACAAAUCAUGUUACAAACCAUAGUAGAGUCGGAAAGAGAGGUGACCGAUGCAAUCAGGAACCUUGAGAACAUGAUGCGAAAUGCUCGCCAUCUGCUCAUCUUGGCACCUAUCCAACCGAAGACAAGAGAAGACGUGUGUCACGCCACCGCACGCAUGGAUGCCAACUUGAAAUGGAUCAGACGUGACAUCUGGCGGACCAAGUGUCACAGGGACAUCCUUUCACUGGACUUACAAGAAGAUGGAGACAUUUUCGAUAGCAAGCUACCAGCUCCGAUACCGACUAUUCGCAAGACUAGUGGGCUUCAGAAGACGGUCUCAAGAACCAGCUCUGCCAUCAACCAACAAACAAGCCCGCAGUCGCCAGCCCACUCGCCUCGACUGAACAGCAGCGAUGGUCAGGGCGAAGGUGUAUUCAACAGAGAUGUUUUCAAGACACCGCCUGAACAUGCACUAAGAUAUGGGGAUGCUUGGCAGCUUCCUACAAGUCCAUUGGACCUUAACAGCUCGCAACAGGCCCGUCGUCCUUCCACUAUCAGCAAUGCGCAGUCUGUUAUCCGAAAGCACAGUGGCGCUGCUAUGUCAGUCACUUCUAGCGUACCAGAUGGAGACAGACACCUCUCAUCUGCUGCCUCUGACGCCGCUUCCCGUAAUGGCCGCUUGACACCUACUCGAAGUUUCGAGAGUCGCGAUCACGAAGCAGUGCUUCUCGCGAGAGACCCUCUGGUCCCAACGGCGACUGUUGCUACUCAUUCAUCCGCUGGACACCCUGAAUCGUCAAACGCGACUCCAGAAAGCUCUUCCAAGGUCAAGAGCGGAAGAAGAAGUUUGCACCGUACGCUGCGGGAUGGGCGUCGCGAAGCAUCUACUUCACAGCGUCACCGAAGAGGCAAGGAGAGUGCUAGCACUAUUCGCUCAGAUGGGAGUCGUGCCGAUGAAUCAGUCGAGGCCACUCCAGGACUGGAGAGAAAGGCGGCUAGAUUCAUGGUUCAUGGCAAGCAAGCUUCAGUCGUCACUUUUGGCGCAGAUUGGGCAGAAGAGAAGAUGCGCCGUGAACUCGCCCGAAAGCAUUCCGCAUCGACGCAGGAUAGUACCGAGGAGAGUGGACCAGACGCCAACUUACAAUAUCACGUUGCUCAAGCCUUGUCCUCAUCCAGUGAUCAUAGUGCCAUCAGCCCGAAUGCUGCAGGAAAGUUGAACCUUCGCAUUCCUACAGUGCAUGAAUGGCAAGCCAAUCCUGCUGAUAAAACGCCGACUGCUGCGGUUGACAAACAGCUGGUGGAUCCCUUCAAUCUUCAACAUGAGCUGACAACCCCGACAAUCAUGUCAAGCGAUGAUGAUCUGGACUCUUACUUUGACGCGAACAGUCCACGAUCAGAUAGGGUGCGCGUUGCUUCAAACAAAUUUUCCGAUUCCCAGGGGCUAGAAAACGCGCUGGACAUUCACGCAAGACCUGAAGACCUCCCACUCCNNCCUUCAUCGCCUCCUUCAGUUGUCGAGCAAGGCAAUCCAGACGACAACACUAUCCCGUUCUCUCGAUACAUCGAGAACGAAAAAUUGCGUGAGCUCAUCUCACCACCAAAAUAA